GGCCGGUACGGUGGAGCUUACCAACCAGUGGGCUCUUGGGCCCAAGAAAGAUCGAAGUCGUCUUCAUCUUCUCGCCUUCUUCACUGCGUACGGGUACAGUACAGAUGCUUGUGUCGUCCCCGUCGUCGAAUUUUAUUCUACAGGCUCACCCAACCCCGGAUCCAUGGUGGAUGGACUGAUCCACUUUGAUUUGAAUUGAAUACUCUGCACUGCAGCACGCCAGUAAAUUCACCAUCCAACCCGUGCAGCCUAGAAGUUUCCGCCGGCCGGCGGUCUCCCGGCCAGACACCCGCAGCGAUGGCCGUCGAAGAAGAUGCGGCGCCUGCAGCCGCCGCCGCCGCUGGCUCCAGUGAUAAUGAGAUAACAGUGGAAGAUGCCUCUUUUGUGCAUACUGAACCUCCCCAGGAUGGCAGUGCCCCACCCGUGGUCUCGUCCGAUAUGGAGGUCCUUCGUGAUAAAGUUAGGAAACAAGUCAUCAAAGAAGGCCAUGGCAAGAGACCCUUAAAAUUUGCAACGUGCUUUGUGCACUAUAGAGCAUGGGUUCAAGGAUCAUCUCAUAAAUUUGAGGAUACGUGGCAGGAACAGCAUCCGAUUGAACUAGUACUUGGAAAAGAGAAAAAGGAAAUGUCUGGUUUAGGCAUUGGUGUCAGCAACAUGAGAAGUGGGGAGCGUGCGUUGUUGCAUGUUGGUUGGGAGCUAGGCUAUGGCAAAGAAGGAAGCUUUUCAUUCCCAAAUGUCCCUCCAAUGGCAGACCUUGUUUAUGAAGUUGAACUUAUUGGAUUUGAUGAUAUCAAAGAGGGGAAAGCCCGAAGUGACAUGACAGUUGAGGAGAGGAUCGCAGCUGCAGACAGGAGAAAGAUUGAAGGCAAUGAGUAUUUCAAAGAAAAGAAGCUUGAGGAGGCCAAGCAGCAAUAUGAAAUGGCAAUUGCGUACAUGGGAGACGAUUUCAUGUUUCAAUUGUUUGGGAAGUACAGAGACAUGGCCUUGGCUGUGAAAAAUCCAUGUCAUCUCAACAUGGCUGCAUGCCUUAUCAAACAAAAUAGAUUCAAUGAAGCUAUUGUUCAAUGUAGCAUCGUCUUGUCAGAGGACGAAAGUAAUGUGAAAGCAUUGUUCAGGCGAGGAAAAGCUAAAUCUGAACUAGGCCAGACAGAAUCCGCCAGGGAGGAUUUCCAGAAAGCGAAGAAAUACUCCCCAGAAGACAAGGAGAUCCUUCGGGAGCUCCGGUUGCUCGCGGAACAAGACAAGGCUCUGUACGAAAAGCAGAAGGAGCUGUACAAAGGUCUCUUUGGGCCAAGGCCUGAAGUGAAACCAAAGAAGGCAAACUACCUGGCUAUUUUCUGGCAGUGGCUGGUGUCCUUGAUUCGUUAUCUGGUUCGGAUGUUCAAACAUAAGAAUGAGUAGGGUAGUUUACCUGGAAAUUGUUUAGAAUUGGUGCUCGAGAUUCCGUGGCCAUGAUGACCAACCUUGUACUAUAAAACUGGAAUUUCUGCUGAACUGUAAUCAACCUUGUACUUGAGCAGUGAACUUUUCAAAAAUGUAUUUGAGCAGUUGGGAUCAAAUAUAGUUGUUACGAACUCUUUACAGUGUCGUA